AUGGAAUCUGUCGUUGUGGACCAAAUCCCCCAUGUGCAGCCGGAACCGGUCAUGGACGGUUACGAAAAGGUCGCGGACCUCAUGGCCCGUCAUGACGAGUUUGCUAUCGUGCGUCGCUUUCGAUCCCUCAACAUGCAGAACGUUCUGUAUUUGCAAGCCGAGGUCCUUCAUCUUGAGGAAGAGCUCACGGAUCUAACACUAAGAGAUCGUGCCCAUCCUGGUCGACCUUAUCACAGCAAGGAUUGGUGGUCAUUAGCGAAUGGAGAGGGGAAAGGAGACCGUGAUCAGUGGGCAAAGAUACUGCAGCUACGAGAGAUGUUAUCCUUGUAUAACGAUGCAGUCUUGAAACAAGCGCAGCUAGCUCGGCUUCACACUCCGAGCCAACAGAACGUGAACUUCCUCCGGAGCUGGUUUGAGAGACCACAGAUGGGAAACUUCCCUCUACUAGGUCUCGAUAGAGUAGCUUGGGACAGCAUUCAUGAGAAAGAUUUGUUAUCUAUUCAGGCUACUGGAUGUACAGAUCCUUUGACGAGGAUUGUACUGGAGAAGGUCAUACCACUCUACCAUCGUGUGAUUGGCGAACGGGUCAAGACACCAAAUCCCUCCGAGCCAGAUCUUUUUACCUAUGACGAUAGUCGUCUUGCUGCCGCUGUCUACGGGAUCUCGACUGUCAUUGCCUCGGUUCUACCCAUAUUCUCCGUCGUCGCUCUCUACUAUGUGAAAUCCAACGGCAUACGCCUUGGGCUUACUGUUGUAUUCUGUGCGACUUUUGCACUUGCGCUGGUCUCGGUGACCAAGGCUAGGAAGGUAGAGAUAUUUGCGGCGACUGCGGCGUUUGCAGCAGUCAAUGUUGUGUUCCUGACCAAUAAUAUCUAA